AAAAUGAUAAAUAAGCAUAUAGUCCGUAUGAAAUAACAUUUAUUUAUAAAUUUAUAUUAUAUGAACAUUUAAGGCUUCCGCGCUGGUGAAUGCAGAGCAUUUAUUGUCGAUGGUCAACAAGUGGGUCUUGUCAGACCUGAUGUAAUGAAAGAACUCUUAAAUUACCCUCAAGUAUUCCAAGUUCAACCUGAUUAUGUACAACUUAAUCCUGCAUUCAGAGGAUAUGCAGAAAGGAGUGCAAGAGUAAAUGAAGUAUUACAAGAAUGGAGAGCUGGUGAAAAAUUUAUUACUCUAAGAGGUUGGAGAGAAGAGUAUUAUGAUGUUCGAGCUCAAUUUAAUACUCCUGCUCUGUUUAAGAUGGAUCGUUCUGCGACGUGUUUAUUUGGAAUUCGAAAAUAUGGUGUGGAUAUUAAUGGAUACGUAAUGGAUCCUGUAAAAGGACUAUCUAUUUGGCUACAAAAACGUAGUCCUAAUAAACAAACAUGGCCUGGUUAUUGGGAUAACAUGAUAAGUGGAGGAUUGAGCGUAGGAUUUGGUAUUAAUGAAACCGCGAUAAAAGAAGCAGGAGAAGAGGGCAGUAUUCCAUUAAACUUAUUAACAAAGCUGAAAAGUGCUGGCUGUGUUUCACUUUUUUUUGAAAGUGAACGAGGAUUAUUUCCAAAUACAGAAUUCGUUUAU